AUGAGCCUUGAUCCCAGUGUCUUUCCGAGGUCGGACUCCCCCGCAAGCUCCGAGAGCUCCUUGACACGUUCCCGUUUACAAGGCAAGGAAGGGUCACUCAAAAAAGACAAGCACUAUCGCCGAUAUGCAUCUAGUGUUGAACGAGCGCUUUCGCUCUUCGACAACGCUCUCCAAGAAUGGGCCGACUAUAUCUCGUUCCUCGGUCGCCUUUUAAAGGCACUCCAAACCCAUCCACCUGAUCAGCCCGUCGUCCCUCAUAAAGUGUUAGUGUCGAAGCGACUCGCUCAGUGCUUGAACCCAUCCUUACCAUCAGGUGUGCACCAAAAGACACUUGAAGUCUACACGUACAUAUUUGGCUUGAUCAAGCUUGAGGGAUUAUCACACGACCUGCCUUUAUAUCUCCCUGGCCUUGCGCCAACAUUGACUUUCGCCUCGCUUACUGUCCGUCCACUGUUUCUGUCUUUGGUAGAGGGAUAUAUCGUUGAUCUGGAACCAUGGGCUAUUCGGCCAGCCUUGAAAGCAAUCAUUCUAGCGCUACUUCCAGGCCUUGAAGAGGAAACAAGUGACGAUUUUGAGCCAACACUGCGCACAAUUAAUAAACUACGAGACGCUGCUGGACAACUUGAAACACAAAGAACGUCUGAGGCCGGGGCAUCUGGGCAGUAUUUCUGGCAAUGCCUCUUUCUCGCAUCUAUCACGAACCCUAGUCGACGGCUUGGCGUCCUUGCAUAUUUAAAUCGCUACCUCCCGAAGUUAGGUAUCGCAGACCGUCGACCAAGCACGGCUGGUGGGAGCGAUCCACAGAACAUCCCACCGGAGAUAUUGGCUGCAGCCGACUCUGUCAUUCUGCCCGAGCCUGGCCUCUUGAUUCGGUGUGUUGCAUCGGGCUUAUCUGAUGACCAGCUCCUUGUCCAACGUAACUUCCUCGAUAUUCUUGUCACCUACCUUCCACUCAGCUCUCCAAUACUGCAAAGCAAAAUUGCGGCUAGCGAUCUUCGAACUUUAGUAAUCGCAGCAGUUGGUGUGGUCACUCGGCGAGACAUGAGCUUGAACCGCCGACUCUGGGCUUGGUUCUUAGGACCGGAUUCCCCAAACGAUAGCUCUUCAAUGGAUGAUCGAAAAUUCUCGACGGAUACCGCCGGCUCUGCCUCCGUUGAUGGAAACGAACUCACACAAUCACAAUACUUUAGCCGGGUAGGCUUACAGCCAUUAGUCACUGGUCUACUGGAUAUGAUCAAACAAGCACCGAACAUUCCGUCCGAUAGAACCAAACCCUUCCGCAUAGCUCUGUCGCUAAUGGAUCGCUGGGAAAUCGGUGGAUAUAUUGUCCCUGCAGUUUUCCUGCCCACUGUGCGCAGUGUUCAGGCGUUUGAAUCUACAGCCCCCCAAAACCACUAUGAAGAGGUUUUCCGCAGUGCAAGCGCCUUCUUUGAUGGCGUUGAAAGUGGUGUGAUAUUCUCUGAGCUUCUGGGUUUAGUUGAUUACCGGUCUUCUGGUAUAGACAUUGAUAGUGAGCAAGUGUUGCGUGACCUCGAUCUUGCACAGUUUAUCAUUGAGAAUUUCAAUGUGCGCGAGGAGGACAUGGUUCAGAUCCAUGUGCCUUUGCUUACAUUGUCAGUGCUUGUGAAAAUGAGAGAGAUUUCACCCAAGGAGAGCACUGCCAACAAACAGGCCGUGACCGCUGCAUUGAACAAUGUUCUCAAAUCGUUGACCGGCUUACUCACAGAGCGUGUGUUUUCGAGAAAGGCGGGACCUGAAAAGACUGCUGGGAACGAUACAAAGGGCCGCGGUACUGAUAUCUUGCGAACUGUCCAUAAUUUCUAUGAGCAAAGCAAGAAUAGCUUGGAGCUUCCAGCUCUUCCCUAUGCUCCCAAGAAUCUUGGUGAAAUGAUCAUUCGAGAGGCUCAUGAACUAGCUAUCGCGGCGCUGGCAAGUCGGGAUGGCAAUCUAUCCCUCCAUGAACCACUCGAUGUUCUUGUGACUUUGCUCAAGAAGCUUCCAAAGUCCCGUGUUUUACGAGACCGAAAACUGUAUGAAGCGCUCUCUCGGCGACUGGGUUCAGGGAAGGACAAGCCAACCACCGCCUCCUUCUCAGUCAUAUCGACAAUUACUUCCACGGUGACGAGUUUGUUUUUCAUUCAGACGCCCGGCUUCUACGUCAGCUAUGAGGAUGCUUGCGAUCUGAUCACCCCCCCUUGUCAACCAGCUGUGGUGGCGUCCCUGACAGCCUUAAUGGUCAAUGUGUCGACCGCAGCAUCCCGCCACCUCUCGUCCGAGGAACAAGCCGAGCGAUUCUAUGUCUUGUGGAACCACAGUCAUCACAAUACACAUGAGCAGCCACCAAAGCAAGUGGUUGAUGUUGGAGGGACCCUGUUCUCUUACCAGUGCUCUAUGCUUGAGCGUCCGCUUUUUAUUGUCCUUGAUCUUCUCUCUCAAGAGUCAAGUGAUAGUUCGCAGAGCGUUCAACUAUGGCUGCAAGACUUGCCAUCUAUCCACAAGGUUUUCCAUGUGGUCAUCUCAAAUAUUGAUGAGCUGUCCGAGCAUGAUGGAACCAGCGGUAAAAAGAUAGGCAAUUACUCAAUUUCCCCGGACGACUAUAAGGAGUGUGACUAUCUGCUACAGACAGCCUCAAAUAUCAUCUCUGCGCUUUCGCAAAAUGGAUGGGUCGCACUUCUUACUCAUGUGUUAGGCAAUGAGAAGCGUCUUGAGACACCCAACUCUGAAGAAAAUGCAGACUUCAAAAGCCUCCAUUCCGCCAUAUUUGAGGCGUGUCUUCGAAUUGUCAGCACACUACCCCCAGCUUCUAUGGAAGUCAAUCUAGAUGGUGAACGACUGCAUAAGGACGCACUCCAACUCAUGCGGCAACUUCUUCUUGGUCCUGGAGCAGAAGAAUUAGUGGAGUCCGGCAUUGAUGAGUUCUUAGUGGAACGCCUUCUUGUAUCUUCCGAUGGGGGCAGUAUUACGGUGCAGGGUGCACUGAUCGACGCACUCCUUGCUGCAUUGAAGGUGCGAUUUGCGCAAGCAUAUCUACCACCACCGCCUCCUCGGCCGAAAGAUUUGCGAGCUGCCUCUCGAGAUCGGCUGACCAGUCCUUCAAUCUUGUCUUUCACCAGUGACAAGGGAGACAGGAGACAAUCGCUACCACAGCUACCGCAGCCGCCAGACCGGCUUCUAAAUUGCCUUCUGAAGGGUAUUAGCUCACCAAAAUCCCGAGAAAUUGUAGACAAGUGGAUAGUGUUGCUCUGCGAGGUGCUCCCUCUAUACUCAGGUUCUAUAUUCCAGAUCCUAUUGAUGCUUGUGGAAUGUUUCUGCAGGGAAAUCCGAGCAUCAUAUGAUAGACUCCAGUUGUCCUUCCAGCAAACAGAGGAUUGGCCGCAGGAUCGUUCCGAGCAUGUCACGAUUGCUCUUUUGAGUGGUCUUGAGACCUGUAUCGCAAAUGCCCACGAACGUCUCAUCGUGGAAGAGUCCAACGUUCCAGCAGUAAAGAGCCCUGAUCAAGCACAGGGCUUUUUCGGAAAUAUGGUGUCUGGAGUAUUCAACUCGGAGGGCGGACAAAAUCGUCCAAAUACCGCCAAUGAUCGUCUCACUGUUCUUCUCUGUUUCCAAGACGCAGUUCGCUUAUGCUUCUCCAUAUGGGCAUGGGGUGCAGGAGAUCAUAGCGGAUCCCCUCCUGAUUGCGAAUCUCUUGCCUCAUUUCAAUACACCUCGUUGCGAAUGAGAAAUCGCUCACGGCGAAUCUUGGAGCACUUCUUCACCGCAGAGGCACUCGAGUGUCUUGAAACCUUGGUGGAAAUGUGGACCAAGUCUGACACGGAGACAGCGUCACUUAUUUUCAAUCUCCUCCAUACACUCGAUGGGUCAAGCCCCAAAAUUACUAUUCCUGCCAUUUUCAACGCAAUCUACACUCGCACUAAUCCCAGUGCGUUGGAGCCUAGCCGGAAGUCUUCGCUGACGUCCAAUCUUUCUGAGUCUGAGCUUGCUAGCUUUUUGGUUACUUAUGCGCGGUCACUGGACGAUGAUGUCCUUGAUGAGAUUUGGUCAGACUGCACAACUUUCUUGCGCGAUGUUCUUAGCAAUCCGUUCCCGCACCGACAGAUCCUUCCACGUCUGAUUGAAUUUGCAGCUAUUUUGGGGGUAAAGUUGGAGAAUACAACCUUUGGCGAAGAUCGCCGGAUGCGAAAGGAACUUGGAGAUGUUCUCCUACGACUCCUUACCGCAGUCUUUACCAGCAAGCCCCUAGGCCUCAACCAAGAUACCGGGUCUAUGGCAAGAUCUUCGGUGGAUCACGAUCGUACCUCGGUCUCUCACACUGGACCCGAUGACAUGUUGAGUAUUUUAGCGGUCUCUAUGCCGUCGUUCAUCACGACCCUGGGUGAUUCAGAUCGGAUCAAUACUGCCAUUACUGGUGUCUCGACUAAUGUAGUUGGCCCUCUCAUUCGGUCACGUCUCUUCCCUAACAAUCUCAACCGUAAUGUCAUGGUUCUUCUACAACAAAUGGCAAAAGUACCAGCUGCGGCGAAAAUGUGGAAGAAGGACAUAUCUGACGCGUUCAAUGAUGCCCGAUUCUUUGGAAUGCAGUUGGAUUUGGUAAAGAACAGCUGGAUGGACCUGCUACGCCAGUGGGUUCUUGCCGACAAGGAACGGCUAUCUGAACUUCUUGUCCGCCUUCCACCACCAAGCUCAGCGGGUAUCAUGUUCGGCGUAGGAGCCUCUGCGGCCCGGUUGGAAGCUGAUCGCAAAGCGCAGCUCAAUCUCCGGCGAAUCGCGCUGCUCGUGCUUUCCGCUAGCGACGAUUACUUUGUUGGUGAAUUGCCGGCAUUACUCCAGAAAUUGGAAGACCUUCUUGCGGCGACCAGCGCCUCGUCACCAUCUUCUGCCACUCGGGCGGAAGUAUUCAUGGUCCUUCGAGCAGUCGCGCUCAAGACCUCGGCCUCGACCAUGGCGCCCUUUUGGCCUUUGAUCAACACGGAACUACAAGAAGCCAUCUCUGCGGUACCUCAGGGCUCUCAGCCAGAGCUCUACAACCCCUACUCACUGCUCCAAGCGUGCAAGCUUCUCGACGUACUACUUGUCCUUGCCCCAGAUGACUUCCAGCUCCUUGAAUGGCUUUUCGUCACCGACACAAUUGAUGCGGUCUAUCCGCCAGACCGCUGGGAGCCCAUUGCUCUUGCAGACGAAGUUUCUCAGACUUUCGGCCCACGCAGUGCAGGCUCACCCACGGUCCUCACGGAGCCCAACGAGCCCCAGGCUCACAGUGGUCUUAAACGGCCAUGGCUCAUCUCAGACUGGAUCCGAGAGACAGCCAAGGACGAGAUUGUCGACCGGGUCCUACGGCCAUUCUUCGCUCGAUUGAGUAUCUAUGUGUUUGAGAGCACGUACGGCAUGGGCAGCGUAGAUCUGAUAGUGUGCCGGGAUGAUUUGUUGGCGGAUCUCUUCAACGAGAGCACAAUGGCCAAUUAA